AUCUGAGCUGAAGGCAGACGCUCAACCGACUGAGCCACCUAGGCGCUCCUCCCUGCACCCUUCUUAUGUUCCUCCCUCGUGUGGCUUCAUGCCAGACCUUCACCCCAGUGAUCCCUCUUCCCUCUUCUCAGUCCCUCCCCUGAAUAGCCAAGCCCAUCCCCUCUCUGGCCCAGGGUGCCCAGGUGUAUGUUUCCUGCUUUCCAACAUAUGUGCUGGCGUCUGCUUAGUUGGGAUUCAUUGAUGGGUUUAUCACUGCUCACCUUGUUUCACAUGCUGAGUCCCUUUUGGCUGGUUUCUUCAGCAAGACAGGCCUUUUUGAAAUCAAAAAUGUCUUCUGUAUUUUUGUAUUUAAUGGAAACAAUGUCUCCUCAGGGUUGAAAGGAAAAUAGGAACGAGCAAAGAAAGUCACAUGAGUCACCUUAACCAUCUAACAGUUGACAUCUGUUAAUGCCACUGGGUGUAUAGUCUACCCCUUUAAUGGACAUACACAGACAUCGUAUUAAAAAAAAAAAAAAAGCUAGCUCCUAAAGGGCUGUCUUUCCUUCAAAGUGACAGUGCUGACAGAAAGGUUGCUGUGGGAUUUAGGCUGUCGUGUGUUGAGGGGCAGCUGUUAGUAUUAAGCCUUGAGGACAAGGGAAUGUCGUAGUGAUUGUUUAUGGGAUGGGAUGAGGAAUCACAGCAGAAGGCUGAGUUGAGGAGGGCAGUUUACUAAAGCCAAUCAGAAUUUAAAGACCUAGGCUGGCGAUUAAAGGCGGAACUGGGCCCUUUCUGCUUGCCCUGCUCUCCUGGGACCUCCGUACGUGGGGCUGGCCUCUGUCCUGGAGCCCCGCCCACCACCAGCGCCCCUGCGGGAUCACUGGCUGGAACCACAGGUGCCCUGGUGCUGGCUGACGAGGGCAUGGGAUCCUCACCCCUGGUGUCCCUUGCUUGUCAGAGGCCUGGGGGGCAGCUCCGGGGUGGGUGGACUGUGGUUGGCCGCCCUGCCUAUCAUGAUCCCAGCCUCAGAGUUUCUUGUUGGCAGCCUGUUGGCUCCUUGAUAAUUGUUUGAUUACUAAACAUAAGUGCACCUUCUCAUGUGUUUCCCAUAUACGUACUCAGUAAUUUUGUGUUAAUAUGUGAAAAUUGUGUGUACGUCUGUAUGUAUAGAUACACACAUAUAUCCACUGUCCCUAUUACUAGAGAAUACAACUUACAAAAAGCAUAUUAAUACAACUGUUUCUAGUAUGAGCUGUUUCCUUUCUCUCUCUAAGGUUAUUCUUAGAAAAGCCAUGUUGUUUCAUUUUUUCUUUUUUGUUUUUGGCAGAAAUGAAGUCCUUUCGGCCUAUGUGUGGUCUCAAAAUAUUUUCUGUCCCUCCAGUAACGAGACUGCACUGAGGUCUUCCGGCAGGACAAGCCCCCUCCCCAUGUUGACUCUGUCCCGGUAAUCCGCCCCCUUGAAAAAUUACUUUUAAAUCGUCAGAUGCUGUAACCGAUCUCGCCUCGCAUCCGGGUUACUAUGGUAAUCUGGUGGAGGAGUCCAUGGGAAAAUGUUGCCUGGUGACCGAGGAGAUAGAACGGGACCUGCACCGUUCCUUACCGGAGCAUCCCGCCUUCCAGAAUGAAACGGGAAUUGCUGCUUUGAGGAGAGUCCUGACAGCCUAUGCCCACCGGAACCCCAAAAUUGGGUACUGCCAGUCCAUGAACAUCCUGACUUCCGUUUUGCUGCUGUACGCCAAGGAGGAGGAGGCCUUCUGGUUGCUCGUCGCUGUGUGUGAGCGGAUGCUGCCUGACUACUUCAACCACCGAGUCAUUGGGGCCCAGGUAGACCAGUCGGUCUUUGAAGAGCUCAUCAAGGAGCACCUCCCCGAGCUGGCGGAGCACAUGAAUGACCUCUCAGCCCUCGCGUCCAUCUCUCUCUCCUGGUUCCUGACUCUGUUCCUCAGCAUUAUGCCUCUGGAGAGUGCGGUGAGCGUUGUGGAUUGCUUCUUCUACGAUGGGAUCAAAGCCAUUUUCCAGCUGGGGCUGGCCGUGCUGGAAGCCAAUGCCCAGGGCCUGUGCAGCAGCAAGGACGAUGGCCAGGCCCUCAUGGUCCUCAGCAGGUUUCUAGAUCACAUUAAGAAUGAGGACAGCCCUGGACCCCCCGUCGGCAGCCACCAUGCCUUUUUGUCCGAUGACCAGGAGCCCGACCCUGGGACUGACAUUGCCGACCUGAUCCGGGACUCCUAUGAGAAAUUUGGAGACCAGUCUGUGGAGCAGCUCGAGCACCUGCGCUGUAGGCACAGGAUCAGGGUUCUCCAGGGCCACGAAGAUACCACAAAGCAGAACGUACUCCGCGUUGUUAUCCCGGAAGUCUCCAUUCCUCCUGAAGACCUGGAAGAACUCUAUGACUUAUUCAAGAGAGAGCACAUGAUGAGCUGUUACUGGGAGCAGCCCCGGCCCAUGGCCCCGCGCCACGACCCCAGCAGGCCUUACGCAGAACAGUACCGCAUAGAUGCCCGGCAGUUUGCACACUUGUUUCAGCUUGUCUCGCCAUGGACCUGUGGGGCCCACACGGAGAUCCUCGCGGAGAGGACUUUCAGGCUCCUGGAUGACAACAUGGACCACCUGAUCGAAUUCAAAGCAUUUGUGAGCUGUCUCGAUGUUAUGUAUAAUGGAGAAAUGAAUGAGAAAAUCAAACUGUUAUAUAGACUUCACAUCCCUCCAGACUUGAGUCAACAGAUGUUUCUAAUCUGGGGUUGCUGAUAACAGAUUUUCAGUACUGGACUGUAUAGCCUAUGACAGCGGUUGCCAAACUUGAGGGUGCAUCGGAAUCAUCUGGAGGGCUUGUUAAAACCCAGGUUCCUGGGCGCUGCUCCAGAGUUUCCGGCUCCCUGGUUCUGAGGACCACGCUUUGAGAACCACUGGCCUGUGGAAUGUGUGGGGAAGCAGACCCUGGUUGCCUUAAUAGGUGGCUAUUUAAGCCUCUUUUGAAGGACCAUUCCAUUCGUCCAGCAUGUAAGACCAUGCUUCCCUCAAGUUUAAGCAGGUAACUGGGAACAAAGAAAUCAGUUUUGAAACCUAUGAGGUUAUACUUGGCCAUAACCUUAAGGUAUUCCUUGGAUCUCUGAAAGUCACAGAGGUGGCUUAGUAAUGCCAACAUGGUCUCUGGACCCCAGUGCCGUGGUUCUGGUGUUGGAUGGGGCUCCUGACAGAACUUCCCAACGAGAGAGACUAGGAAGGAAGUUUUCGGGGCCAUGAGAUCCUGGUGGCUUUUACAACCAACAUCUCUAGAAAAGUUGGAAAUGCACAUGGACGCCAUCUGUGGCUUCCUUGGUCCGCUUCCUGAAUUGAGCCAUUACUGAACUGGCAUACAGUCUGCCAGGUGCCCGGGGAGCCACCUUCCUCCACCUUCCCACGGACUCUUUAUUGACUGCAAAUGGCUUCGCAUCCGUGAAGUUCUUUGCCUUUUAUGCCAAUAUAAGUUAGUGAGUUUUUUAAUUUGCCUUUAUUUUUCGCAAAUGUUUUCCUACUAACAUAGAAGACAUGCAUAAUUAUUCCUCUACUAACAUCGUUGUCACUCUUCACAAUCAUCAUCUGUGUCUGGUAUUGCUAAAUAGGACAUGACUGAUUUUAUUUCAUUCAAUUAUUCUC